GCUUAAAAGUGCACUUUCCAGUUCGAGCUUCAGCUCCUGUUUCAUCAGUUAGUUUUGCGCAGAACAAAUAUGGGCAGCAUACGAGGCUACGCUCUCCGCACUGUAAAAAAAGAUGGAGCAGUAAGUUAGUUUAAUCUGUUUAAUGAGAAAUGCCAUAAAUAAGCUACUCUCAGUGUAAAUAUUUCGUAAAAGUUUCACCCAAGACUCACAGAGUCGCCCUCGACAGCGCAUGCUUUCGAGCCAAAUGGGUAGUCAUAAAACGCUGGAUAAUCCUCCGAUUUGUAUUCAAAGUCGUCUUGUUUCUUUUUCUCGACAGCAUCGUUGACGCAAGCCAUAAUUAAUAUCACCAAGAUCAAAAUGGCCAGUACUGCAAAAUAUGAAGAAAACGAUACAGAUAAUAGCCUACGGAUCGAAUCCAAUCCAUUCCAAAUGCUGUUUUGAACUUGCUCAACUUGCUGCAGUGGUGGCAGUGGUUGUGGGACUCACAUGGUUGGACUGUUGGACGUCCUUUUUACUCUUUGUGUGUAGUCGUAUACAUUGUACACCUAUGUUACUCUGACACUCGUACUAUUUUGGUUUUAGUCCGAUACAAGCACAAAUGGCACUCGUAGUCAGCUCUUCGCGUCUCGCUUUUGUUACUCGUGUUUGUGGUCCGAGUGCAGUUUUUCAGCGCUUGCUGCACGCUAGGAAAGGCCAAGAUCGCAAGUCGCUAAAUGCCAAGGCUAUUGCUCUUGGCCUGGGCAGUCUUUCCGUAGGAAUAGGUGCCCAUCUCUUGUGGACUCGAAAAAAGGAGCAAGCCCUUUGUGCCGAAUCCACCAGCACCCUUGCGGCCCCGGUUGUCAUACCACUGCCUGCACGUAGAUCAGCUGAUGCAUCGAAACAACAACUGUUCCAAGAUGCGAUAACGUACUCUCGCGAUCUGCUCGCGAGAAAAAAGGACGAGCUCGGUGUCCCUGGUGUUGUGGUGGCCGUGAGCGUUGACGGCGAAACACUGUGGGCUGAAGGACUGGGAUAUGCAGACAUGGAAAACAGGGUCCCCUGUGGGAGGCACACCGUGAUGCGCAUCGGCAGCAUCAGCAAGCCCAUCACAAUGAUGGCACUGGCCAAGCUCAUGGAAGAGGGGAAGGUUGAUUUGGACAAACCAAUUCAGGAAUAUGUGCCAAGCUUCCCGCAGAAGACGUACAACGGAAAGCCGGUUGUCCUCACCCUUCGGCACCUUGUCUCUCAUCUUGGCGGGAUCAGGCACUACAAGGUGGAGAAAAAAGACGAGGAAGCUGCCAAGAAAGGAGGGAUCAGCGAUGAUGCCUCCGAAGAGUUUUUUCUCAAUCGCAAGUUUAAGACCAUGGAAGAGGCACUGGAGCUCUUCAAGAACGACGCUUUGCUGUCUGAACCAGGGACCAAAUACUUGUACACGACAUUUGGUUGGACGCUAAUCAGUGCGGCCAUUGAGGGUGCCAGCAAGGAGACCUUUCCCAAACACAUCUUCAAGAUGUUCAAGACCAUUGGGAUGAAGAAUAGCUACCUCGAUGAGAACGAACCCAUCAUCUACCAUCGCUCGAGGUUUUACAUGCGUAACCAGAACGGCUGCCUGGCCAACAGCCCCUGCGUGGACAGCUCGUACAAGUGGGCCGGGGGAGGCCUGCUGUCCAACGUGGACGACCUGGUCCUCUUCGGCAACGCCAUGCUGUACAGCGCCCAGGCUGACCCCUCCCACAAGAGUGGCUACCUCCUGGCCGACACUGUCCGUGCCCUUUGGACCCCUCACGAAAGGUCACGCGGGAUGUGGUCGCGCUCCGGCCGCUAUGACUACGGCAUGGGCUGGACCCUCGCCGCCACUGCACCUGGGUACGGCGGGUGCUUGGAGGAGCCGCCGUUUGUUGCCUACCACGGGGGGAGUUCUAUCGGAGGCACCUCCGCACUGGUUGUGCUUCCAAAUGAAGCGAGCAGAUGGAUGACGGUGGCGGAGCGAAACCGGAGCAACGAUUUGCCGCGCGGCGUCAUCGUAGCCGUCAUCGGAAACCUUAGCAACGCUGAUUAUAAAGAGGCUGCCCUUUCCAUUGCUAGGGAGUUUGCAAAGUUAGCAAGCUGAGUGAAACAUGGUGGGCCGAUUUUUAGCCGCCUGUACUUGUAGCAAACGUUUCAGGUUAUCCGAGGCUGCAAGUCUUGGGAACGGUGGUAUGUCUGCGGUUGCAUGGCGUCGCAGGCGAAGUGCAAGCGGGGAGGAACUCUGGCAUUUCUUUGGCAGGGUGUCUAUCCCCGGAAAACUGAGAACUGUCAGGGAACGUGUCAAGCCUGGAAAGGUCAAGAAAAAGUUGGGGAAUUUCCAGCAGAGUCAGCAUCGGUCAGGGAAAUUGGGCUUUUCUUUCUCUGGAUGGCUGCAAAUGACUAACUUCUCUACUUGCCCCAAUAUGUUUUCUCAGCAAAAAAUAUCAAACUGACAAGGUAGUGGGAUCCAGUGUUGGUCCUUGGACAUACGAGUGUUUCAGUUACAUAGCAACUGCACCUCAUACAUGUCCUGCCUUCUUAGGGGUUGGUCAGAAAGUUUUGAUAAAAUAGUCAGGGAAAAUAUAAGAAAGUCCAUGAAUUUGAAAACAUCUUUUUCGUAGACACCCUGCUUGGAUUUUUCUUUUUGCCAGCAUUGCGUGCUAUGGGAAGUAUAUUGUACCACAGGUCUACCACCAUCAUUUGGACUUCCAGCAUUUGGUGGUGUUAUCUAUAAAAUGACUUGGAGUGAAACUUGAGUGUAGCCUAUGUUUUACGUUGAUGUAGAACAAAUGCAUGUACUAUGCACUUGUCCUGUGCGGUUUUUUGAUGACUAAGUAAAUGGAAGUUAAUGGGCAAUGACUUGGCAAUUUAGGGAAACAGUUCACUUUUUAAUUCUACUGUUCAAAGAAUGUCAAGAAGAGAAGAACAGACUCUUGUAGCAGUUGGUAUGAAUGGUAGUCGUUUGUCUGGUGGUGUGCAUUCAGAAGUUGCAAGGUCGAGCUAGAUGCGAGAGGUCACGGUUUUGUUACUUAAGCUACUUCCACUUCAUAAAAUCGGGCAGCUAUAAAGAACAUUUUCUGGGAAUUGCAUCCACAGAUGACUCAGAAAUAUAGUCUGGAAAUAAUUUUCAUGGAGCAGGUAGCAUGGCUUUGUGUCACACUGAAGCAGCUGCACGUUAGUAUGUUUCAAGGCAAGCUGCAUAGGAGUGACUUUUAGGUGAACACUAAAGCAGGUUCCCAAAAUUGUUCCUUCCUGUCCUCGGACUCUGAUAAAAAGAGAACAAAAUGAACCGGUUCGUUAUUUCUCUUGAUCUCAUUAAACUGGGCUCUUCCCAUACACUUUAAAAAAGUAUUUUUUUAGCUGCUUAACCCUAUUUAAUGCGACGGGGACAGCUAGAGGUGCCAUAUCUUCAGUGCCAACAUAUGGUCAAGAUUUUAUAUUCUCUCGUGGCAGUCAGUUUGCAUUUUAAACUCACUUCGUUUUGUUUCUUUUAUGACCUGUAUUUUGUGUUUUCUUAACGCGCAUACGAUCGAAGAUGAGAGACACUAGCUAAAAAAAAAUGGGGCUGUGUUCCUCCAAUGCUUUGCCCCAGACCAUGUUGUAAUGCGAGAGCAUUGCUCGUCUUCAAUGAAGGCCAUAUUCCGUCGAUUAUAUUGAGACAAACUUUGUAGCGAGUAACUAAGCAUCAAAUGUGUGCACAUUUUUAUUCAAUAAAGAUGUCUUGUUUUUUUACUUUCA